AUGAAGGCAAUGAAGAAUAUGGGCAUGAACCGCAUGCUAGGUUCACUGAAGCGCUCCAAAGAUUCCAACGAGGAAACUGGAGAUCCUCAGCUCGACACCCCAGAAGUAAAUGCGGCAAGAAAUAUUCGUUCAUUUUGCGAAUCUGGAGGUCCGGAUGGCUCAGGUGAAGAAGUCCUUUACCUUCCUGCCAUCGUCGAAGCAGCGGAAUCUUCCCCAGGGGCCGCCAAAGAGUGCGCCUACCAUAUUAGAAAGUACCUCUCCAAGGACAACUUUAGCAAGCCUUACAUACAGUACAAUGCAAUAAUGCUGAUUCGGAUUUUGACGGACAACCCGGGGAAGACCUUCACAAGGAACAUAGACGUGAAAUUUAUCCAAACUGUGAAGGAGCUUUUAAGGACUGGGAGGGAUCCAAGUGUCAAGCAGUUAUUGAUGGAAACUUUGAUUACAUUUACGAGAGACAAGGCAGAUGAUGAAACCCUAGCUCCCUUGAUUGAAAUGUGGAAGAAAGAGCAAGAGAAGAUGGUCAAAUUAGCAGCAAGUUUCCAAGUCCACGAACCCUCAUCGCUCCGCCCUUGA